AUGAGCUUUCCCCAAAUACAGAAGAGGUACGGAGAGCAGCUCUCCUCCUUCAGUUUCCUCCGACUGCAGGAGGGAUAUGUUCCUCUUGUUCCUCUGGUUUCUACCUUAACCUUUUAUAACAAUUCCCUGUGUGCUGGCUUGCCCUUCCCUGUGGGUUUUGAAAGGAAGGUGACCAUCACCUUCUGUGAUCUGGGUAUUUUCUUGCGUACACCUCCACUAGCCUGUAAAGCAGCUCUCCUGCUCACUGCUAUGACCACUCCACUGGAAGAUGCAAUGGACACCUUGAUCAGGAUUUUCCAUCACUACUCGGGCAAAGAAGGAGACAGGAACAAGCUCAGUAAAGGAGAACUCAAGGAGCUCCUCACCAGUGAGCUCACUGACUUCCUUUCAGGCCAAAAGGACCCCCUCCUGGUCGAUAAAAUUAUGAAUGACCUGGACUCCAAUAAGGACAAUGAAGUGGAUUUUAAUGAAUUUGUCAUUCUGGUUGCUGCUUUGACAGUGGCAUGUAAUGAUUUCUUUGAAGAACAGCUAAAGAAAGAGGAAUUUUAA